AUGUUUUUAUACAUAUUUUUAAACUUGUUUUUCAUAUCGAAUAUUCAAUGUUAUUUUCUAAAUAUUUCAACAGCUAUCGUUAAUACUCAAACAGUUAUAGCAUGUGGUUUAUCUAUUGAUAUUUAUCAAUCAUUUGAUCCAGUUCAAGUACAAAUAUGUCCAUAUAUAUCUAUUGGCAAUGACAAAAUUCAGUUGUUUCAUAUGAAUAUAUCUUUUGACGAUUAUAAUCAAAUCAUAAUUAAAUCAAAUCCUUCAAUAAUUUCUCCACCAAAAAUAUUCAUUAAACUUAAUAAUAAUUCAUUUAUAUCUCCAUUAAAUAUUAAUGAAAAUUCUACAUAUUAUCUUGUAUUUUCAUCUGCACUUACUUGUCGAUUUUCGUUAUUAAAUAAUGAAACUAUUUGUUUUUAUUAUCCAAAUUCAUCAAGUUUUAUUCAUAUAGAAUAUCAUUAUGAUGAAAUACAACAUGGUAGUCUUAUAUUAUCAGAAACAGCACGAAAUAAAUUCUAUAUUAUUUUUAUUCUUAUUACUAUUCUUGUUGCUAUCUUAUGUUGUUUUUCGAUAUAUAUUAUGUGUACAAAUCGAAACUCACUUCGACAUACAAGUCAAUUAGAUGAUAUUAUUAAUUCACAUUUAUUAAAACAAGAAGCAGCAAAAUAUUCAGCAGAUUUACCACAAGAUGCUGCUGUUGGACAACAUAUAUUAGUUGAACAUUUAGCAGAUAAAAUAACACAUUCAAAUGUAGAAGAUAUAUAA